AAUCUAACAAUGCCUGUAUAGCGACUGUACCAUAGCCUCGUUGUCAGGACCAGACGGAAACUGACCUGUUUAGUAUUAAUCGUGCGUAUACAAAAUGUAGAUAAUACUAAGAUCAUGAACUAGUUAGUUGACCUAAAUCCUUGGAUAGUGUUCCAAAGAACCGACUCGACGGUAUUCUAUCAUCUGAUAGUACUUUGUUCACGCAUACACUACAGGCCAACGAGUCGUGGAACAUUCGGAUAAAAAAUGUCGAGAAUCACAGAGUUUUUAGUAAUAUGCAGUCUGCUGGUUUUAGUCAAUGCGAAGCCUUUCACUUGGUCUAAUUGUGCCACCACUCCCAAUCCGGCUGUAGUCAUUGACUUGAUAGAGGUGACCCCUGACCCUGUCGAACUGCCCGGCGUUCUAAAACUUUCUGUGCGCGGAAACACGACUCGCGUUAUUAACAGCGCCAAGCUGACAAUCAGCCUUCAUCGUGAUACGUUCCUGCUCAGCGUCCCCAUCCCAUGCCUCUUGCAUCUAGGAUCAUGUGAGUACACCGACCUUUGCUCUCUCUUGAAUACGAUGGAAACAGAGAACUGGGCGUCGAUUACAACAGGCCUUGCUACACAGAUGAAAACCAUGCUGACUUCAGCCGGCAUCAGGGUUGACCCUGGACUAUGUCCACUUCAAGUCACCUCUCUUAACCUGCACGAAUAUACCAUAAAUCUCCCACAGAUUCCGUCAGUUCUCAGCUGGGUGGCGUCAGGAGACUAUUCGAUAAAAGUAACAGUCGAUGACACAACCACCAACGAAAACUUGCUAUGUCUUGAUCUUGGAGUGACACUGACAAAAUCAUCCGAAUGCACAGGAUGGUUGUGUGGGCGAAGGAAGAGGGACACUCUCAAAAACUAACAAGCUAUAAGGGAUGUAACAAAAGACAAGAUACUUAAAUUUGUUUUCUAUUGCAUUUUUUUUUGUCCCUAAAUAAACUGAUGCAUGCAAA